AUGACUUCAAACGCAUGCGAUAGAUGUCAUCGUCGCAAAGUCCGCUGCGACAAAAUACAGCCCCAAUGCGGUCCCUGCAAGAGAGCAGACGUGGCUUGCGAAUACGCCGUUAGCGAACACCAACUAAGAAGAAGGAAUAUCCAAAAGUUGGAGCGCAGGAUUCGAGAUUUGCAAGCUAAUAAUGAGAAUUUGAGUGCGCAGCUGAGAAGGUCCGAGGGGCCAAUCCAAGAGAGGCAUGGAUCAGAAAGAAACACGACAGGCAGCAACACAGAGAGUCCCCUUGGAGAUGGAGAGGUUGCCGAAGAAGUCAUUCAGAUGAGCCUCAUUGCAGGUGGUGGACAUCACUUUGUCGGUUCAACAAGUGGACUGUUGCUUGCCAAUCUACUCCAGUCCAGACCCCAACCCUCAUCGUCUCUACACGCAUCAGGAUGGAAGCCAGAUUCGACAGCACUUACUCCCCAAGGGGGGUCAGGAUUACCACCAAAGACUCUCGCAUCAGAAAUCCUCAAAGCAUACUGCAGCCAUGACCACCUUUGCUAUCCUUUCCUGUCUACGAAAUCCCUCUACCGUUCAUUGGACGCAGUAUACGAAGAAGGGCGCGAAAAGGACCCCGUGGAUGCCUUUUUCAUCGAUAUGACCCUUGCGAUAGGCACUGCACAAGUCCACAAGUUCAACUGGAAUGGCGUUUACGAUGCUGAGACGCACUACAAUCGAGCCAUGACUAGACUAGCUGAUGUUCUUGCAAGAGAUGGCAUCGAGAGAUUACAGGCUUUGUUGCUGGUGUGUCAGUAUAGGAUGGGAACGACAUCGAGCAACACUACAACGAGUGUAUGGCAUCUUAUCGGUGUGGCUGCUCGGACUUGCCUGGAGAUGGGGCUCCAUAGAGCAACUACGUAUACACUACCACCAGCAAACGAACAUGACGAGAGUCGCAAAGCGAAAGAGGAAGAGAUGGAGACCAAGAGACGAUGUUUCUGGAGUCUUGUCGCGUUGGAUCGCGUGACAAGUCUCGCAUUGGGUCGUCCUUUGGCUCUCCAACUAGAAGAUAUCGACGUCGAUUUACCACCCUCAUCCGCACCCGAUCAAUUCCCCGAAGACAGCAGUCCUCUUUCGUCCGCACCCUAUGGAACACCACAAUACCGCGCCGCAACGUCCGUCUUUGUGCACAUCGUUCGAUACCGUCUCAUCUGCGGCAAAAUCAUCAACGCACUACACCGAAGCACCAAGCAUGUUUCGUUUGCGAGUAUAAGCUACGAGGAGAUGCGCACGGCAUUGGCGAGAGAACUACAGGAGUGGCAUACAGAAACAGCCAAUCUUCCUCUUGUAAAGAGUGACGCGACGGCUGCUUCACCUGCUAGCGGAUCGAGUUUUCGUUGCGAAGAGUGGUAUCGUCUUUUGUACCAUAAUGGCGUGCUCAUGCUUUUUCGGCCGUCACCUUGCUUAAACGAUGCGUCUGUGAAUAGUCUUGCGCUGCAGAAUAUCUUUGACUCGGCGCGGGAGGCUAUUGUUUUAUACGCCAGUUUACACCGAUCUCGAAAGAUGAAUUAUUCGUGGAUAACCAUGCAUACUGUGUUUCUGGCUGGGCUGUCAUAUAUUUUUGCUUUACGACAUCAUUUUCAGGCCCUACAGCUACCAACUUCGGAACCUCAGCGAGCGAGAUUGCAUACAACCCCUACCAUAAACCAAGUUGUCAACGAUACACGCGCAUGUUCAAAGGUGUUGGUUGCUGUGUCGGAGAGGUGGGAUCUGGCGAGAAAUUGCUCUGAUUUGUUUGAUAGACUGAGCGAUGCCGUGGUGGCGGAUGUAGUCGAGGCGUCAACACCAAGUAAUCACGGGUUGAGUGUUGCUGCGGCAGUACCUUUUUCUGCAGAUCUGGCGAAUAUGACGGUCGAUAGUACGUUUAGGGAUUGUUUUGGGGAUUUACAGAGUCUCGGGUUGGACGAGUUCCAUAAUGAUGCGAUUUCGCAGUUGUCGCAGGAGUGGUUCUUUGGGUUGGGCGAUGAGACACAUCAGUAUUAUUGA